CUGUGAUAGGCAAUACAGAUCACCCCCACAUUGCUCUAACCGACGUGCAAGAUGCUCGUAUUACGAUUUAUUUUAGUGACCGUCGCCGUGGUAGGAGCGAAGGCUUCGCAUUUUUCGUCAUACGAAGGCCACCAUGGUUUUUCUAGUCAUCCAAAGCUCAUCUCACAAUCGGUUCAACUCAACGAAGUACCUACGAAAAUUAUCAAGGUCACUAAAACUGUAGCUAUCAAGGUUCCCGUCCCGUAUCCAGUUAAGGUGCCCCAUCAUAUACCGGUUCCAGUGCCUGUGAACCAUCCUGUGGCUGUUCCGGUUCCGCAGAUAGUGAAAGUUCCUGAACACGUGCCAGUAGAGGUGGAGAAGCCGGUUCCAGUCGAGGUUCAUCAGCAAGUGCCGGUAGUGGUUUCGAAGCCGGUACCUUUGCCACAACCAGUACCCGUACCACAUCCAGUAACUGUUCCAAAGCCAGUAUUUUAUCCUGUACCACAUCCAAUACCUUAUCAACAAUCGGAAGGACAUUCUGCUGGAUAUUCUACUGGAUAUUCUGGAGGAGAGGGAGAUCAUAUCGGUCAUGAGUCUAGAUAUACCACUUAUACCGUUCAAUCACCAGGACAUUACGAACAAGAACAUUUCCAACCUUCGCAACCAGAUCUAUCAUCGGAACAUCAUUAAUCAUCAUAAUCAUUUUCCUUUAGACCUCGGCAAGGAAUUUCUUUCUUUUUUUUUUGCUUUUUUUUUUUUUAUAGAAAAGAAUUUUAAUAACUUAGGAGAGAUUAUUAUGUUCAUUGAGCGAUCAUUAAAAUAUCGUUAUGAUAACUCUAGAUCAAAUUCGCACGUUAGAUCAAAUUAUCGUUUUGAUCUAAAACGUCACGUUCUGUUCUUGUACAUAGUUUACGAUGUAGUUAAUUUCUUUACACAUGUGCGUUAAGUUUUUG